GCACCUGAAUCCUGAUUUCCGCUUUCUCAAUAGACCUUUGUAAAUUGUAUGGAAAGGAUGGCAAGACGCCGAAAAAGUCUCAAGUUACACAAAUAAUGUGACAUAUGUGUUAAAUUGUUAAUUAAUAAUUAGAGAAGGCUUUGGAAAACCAUCGUAAAUGUAUAUGAUGGGGAAUUCUGACAGCCGCAACCUCGACCAUGGACACAACCGUUAUGACAGUCGUGGAGCUGGGCUGGAAUUACAACGAAAACCAUCGGUUCCGGUACCUCGUCUACCGAUGCCAGACGGACAGGAACUGGAAAGAAGAUUUACAAAAGUGCUAGUAUGUGUGUUUUGAUAUUUUCUUUACAGUAAAUAUGUAGCUUCAUAUCCUGUAUAGGCCUAACAAGUUGUGUACAUUUACCAUCCACACUUAGAAUACCCUCAUUCAGUGAAAGUGAUUAUUAGCUAGUACUAGCAUCCUUCAACUUUAUAGAAGUUCAAGACACCAAAACAAUGACCAGAGGCCAGUCUUAUCUAAGGUUAUAUAGACUAUUGAAUUGACUGUCAAGUUCCUCUAAAUAUUUUCUAUUGACAAGUAAGCAUUCACUCUAGCAUAGUCAUACUACCAACAUCAUAUCAUCAAAGGAGGAAAUGUUCCUUCAUGUUUAUUUCAUACUCAUAGAUGAAUUAGAUGAAACCAAACAUGACACACUCAUUAUUAUUAUUGUCAAAAAUGUCAUUUUUAUUUAUGUAUAUAUAUCAUAUCAUGUAUUCACUAAUAUCACUAGGCCGGCCACUUCACUGAUAAUUUAUCUAGUUUUCAGUCAGUCUUUAUACCUAGCUAAUAAUAGUAAUUACUAUUACAUUCUUUGUGAGUGACAAACAAUCCGCUGAUUCAAAUAAUUUAAAAUUUAGGGCCCUAAGCUUAAUUACUAGGAAUAGGAAGCCAAAUUUUAUCACUAAUAAUUAUUUAAUAGCCUGAUUAUUUUCUUAGUCUUAAUUGUUUGUGACACAUAUAAUUAGUUAUAUGAGUGGUAUGGGUUAUGAAAUUAUAUACAGCCAUAAUUUUGUUAAUACUUUUUAAGGUUAAGGUUUUUAGGAUUUGCUUUCUCACAAUUUAUGGGCUAUUUUUAACUUUGAAAAUCUGAUUAGACCUAAACUUAAAUCCCAAAAGGAAAGAAUAUAUUAUAGGACCUACACUUAGAAAAAAAAUAAAUGUUGUUAUGUAGGCUACAAAGUAGUUUUACGAUGUUAUUGAUAUUGAAUAUUGUUUACUUACUUAAUAAUAUUUAACUAGUAGGUCAUCCAUAAAUGACACCACAUAUCUUUGUGGUUUGGAGGGUGGGGGGUGGUUUAAAACAUUUGUGAUUAACAUGUCUAUCUUUGUACAACAGUUUGUGAAAUAGGGGAGUGGUGGGGACAAACAUCAGCCUAAAUAGUGUGAUGUCAUUAUGUCAAAUACUUUCUAAUAGUCUGUUAAAAACUAGUACUUUAAAAUCUAUGAUUAUCAAGUCAAUGUCUUUCUUUUAUCAUGUGUUAAUUAUGUGUCUACGGCUAUCACAGUUUGGUACAUAUCGUUAAGUCAAUAUUAAAAAAUGUCUUUGGUAAAAAAAAUUGUCUUCUUCCACUUUGAUUUUCCUACUCUAAACAUCAUAUGAAGCCAAAAAGUACCUCACAACCAAAGCCAACACUUAUUUUAAAAAUUGUCUUUAUAUAUUUAUUGUAACAUAAUUUAUAUUUUCACAGACUUCUAUGGAUUUACCUCCAGACAAAGCUAAAGUACUUAAAGGAUAUGAUGAUGAGAGGAAAUGGGACCUGAUAUGUGAUCAGGUAAGUCAAUAGCCAUACUACUCAAUGACUUAAUGGUUAUGAAUUAUUGUUUUACGUAAUUUUUAGAAUUUGUUUGCCAAAUUUUUAUUUUUAGAAGGAAAUGUUUUUUUCUUCUGUUUUUGAAGUUACAUUUUAAUCUUUACAAAGCCCUUCCAGACUUACACUUUACUCUUCAUCGGGUAGGUUUACCCAAAAAAAACAGGAAAAAAAAAUGUCAUCAAGGAGUUCCUGAAACAUGAUAAGACUUAAGCUUUAGGUCACAUUAACAAAAUAUUUAAGUAAAUAAUACAAAAAAAUUAAUCACAAAUGAAAUUAAAAAAACUAAUUACAAUGCAACAAAUUGUUGAUACUAUAAGGGUCAUAUAUCUUCAAGUUUGAUAUCCCUGAAUUGUGUAAUUAUUGAAGCAGGAACUAAGUGUCAAAUCAAGUUAGUAGUAAGUUUCAGAAAUUAUAUAGAUAUACUCCUUUGUAUAGAUAUUAAUUUAUCUAAAAAUGAAAAAGAUAAAAAUAUUAAAAAAUCUGUCAGUGCCUUGUUAAUCUUACUUCAGGACACAAAUGGUAUGUACAUAUUAUGAUGAAACAGUGUUACCUUGUCUCAACCCUGAUUCAGUUUUUUCAUCAAAAUUGAAAGCUUGAUAUUUUAAAGAAAUGUUAAUCCAUGACACAUUUGGUACAAGUAAAAUCAUGUCAUGUGUUUCAUUUGAAAUAACAACAAAAUUAGUUUGGUUCUUUAGAUAAAAUUAUAAAUGUGUAAGUCUAGCAUACUAUAACUUUUGUUUUGGAUUAAAUUCAUAGGACUUUUUAAUUUACAGCAAGAGUAUUGAUUAUUAAAAUGAGAAAAAAACGUACAAAAGUCUUGACAGCUAAAUGUUUGUAUUUUUUCAUUGGUUGUAAAAUAGUUUAGCUUCCUAAAUACCAUUCUUAAGGGAAUAGUUUUAACCAUCUUUAAGAUUUAAAAGUGUUCAAAAGUUUUUUAAAAUUAGUUUUAUUUCUUCAAGCAGUGUCAAAAAGCUUAACUUUAAAUAGUAUGAUUUUAAUCAAAAUUUACUCCUGGCAUGAAAAUGUAAUGUAAGAUUGUAUUAAGUAUGGAAGCCUUGUAAACACACAGUACAGUCCUCACUUUGAGGUGUAUAUUGUUCCAGACCCUCUGGUUCAAUCUAGAUAUAGGAGCUGAAGCUUUAGCCAUGUUAUCGUUCACUUAUUUAUCAAUGAAGAGUUAGAAAGGGGACCCAAGAUAUAAAAAGUUCUUCCACGUUGUAUCCCUUGACGACAGUGGUGGGACGCGUAUCUGCUUCUUCCGUUUGUCUUCUUUAGGCUGAUGUUCAGUCCAAAAUCUUUGCACGCAUGAAGGUGGCUGUAGUCCAUUUUCUAUGUGAUAUUAAGGCUAAAUCAUCCAGAGCAGUUAGGCAUUGAAAAUUUGUGGCAGAAAGAUUAACAGUAAUUAACAGCUUGCCAUCCAACCUAGUGUGGAUGUACACCAGUUGGUUGUAGUCUUUAGAGCAUACUGGAAGGACAUGGGGAAGAAGUUGAAAGAGAGUCAGUGCAAGAACACAGCCUUGCUUUAUUCAACUGACUGGCAAGAUCUCUAAUGUAAUGUUCCUGUUCCCACUCCUGUGUAAGCGCAUGAUUACAGUGAGCUCUACUGGGGGACAGCUAGAGCUUGGAAAUUUUGCUUUUGCCGACCAAGUAAAAUCGAUAAUUAAGUAUAUGAAAGGCAUCUGCUGUUAAAGAACAUUCUCCUUAGUACUUAGUACUCAUUUAAAUGCUAAAUAUAUACUGAAUACAUUAAUGUAUGAAAAGUGCUGCGAGGAUAAAUUAUUUUGUUUAGGUUUCCCCCAUUACAAAAGGGUUGAAAAAAACCUAUUUUGACAAUAACGGCUCUCUUCUUCAUAUGAAACAACAGCCAAUUUACCUGGCAUUGCUUAGGUUUGCAUUUUAAAAAACCUUCAUCAGCUUUAUCAGGUAAAAAUGAAUUGAAUGGCUUUUAAAAAUAUAUGUUCUAAAGAACCUAUCAAAAUUUAUAAAGUCUCCUAUAAAAAGUUAAAGGAAUAUUAACUUUUGUAAACAUUUUUGGACCCAGCCAGUUUCAUUUAAUAUUCAAGUUGGGCCUCGUCAAAAACCAUGAUGUAGGGCCUUGCCAAAUCCAUGAUUUAAAAACUAAUCUAACUUUUAAUAGUUGUCCCUUUAUAAAAAAAUGAUUCACCACUGUCAACGCUAUGGCAGUUUAUCACUCAAAAUGAAAUAGGAUCUUUGUGGGAUUCCGUUUCCUGUUGGGUUUUCAUUCCCUAUGGGCAUUCCAUUCCUGUGGGAUCCUAUUCCCUGAUGGAUCCCAUUCAACUGUGGGAUCUCAUUCCCCAGGAAUCCAGUUAAAGUUAACCCUAAGAUAGGGAGGCCAACUUUGGCGAUACCAUUUCAUUUAAGUUAAAAGAGGGGCCCAUUUCAUAAUGUGCCGUUUUAGUUAUGCCUAAGAUAGUUUCAGAUAAAUAAUGGAGUUUAAAUUUAAGAGUUUUCCCAUUAAAAAUGGUUGAAAAAUUAUGGAGACCUAGCCUUUUAAAUUAUUGAACUUUCUGGAAAAUUCCAAAUGGAGUGGAUGUUUUCAUUUUAAAUCCACCCAUAUUUCAAUAUGGAUUAUGAAAGGUAUGACUACCAAGCUUGGCCUAAUUCAUGUAGGUACCUAUAUUAUUAACUAAGCCGACUUUUAUUUAUAUAGAUUAUAUAUAGAACAAACACAACCACCCUUUUUGGGAUUGCAUUCUUUCAGCUAAUUCACUGAAAUAUCACAUUAGGAAAUGGCAUCAGUGAGCCAAGGGUCUUUAUGCUCUCCCCAAAACACCCCCCCCCCCCCCCAAACCCCCCCCCCCCCCCCCCGAAAAUCGGGCCGCAAAGCAGCACGUUGGAGAUGUCCCUUUGCCAGGACAGCCCCCACCUGAGUCCGCUUGAUCGGGUUACGCUGGAGGCCGCCCCAACCCAAAGACACCUGGCCGGUCCACUCGAUUGACUGUUUUAGGAGUCGGGAUGGUAAAUUUACGUCCUAAUAUCUUCCCCCACCCAUCCCGGGGAAGCUUGGGACGCCCUUUAACAGGGGUUCUACAGUGGAUGUCCAGCCCACAAAUAGUUUGCGAAGUAGCUGGGACAAAACGGUUACUUAGGAGCAGCUUUCUCAGGGCUGCAUAAAUAGAAUCAUCGGCCAAAGACUUCCACCUUAGCCUCUCACCUCAUAUCUAUUAACGGCAACUUGUAAUCAUGGUCCCUACCCUGUCACUGCCUUUACGUCGAUCUGUAAAAAGUCACAGUUGGCAGCCUUGUAGGUGCUGUUUUAUUCAGGCAGAUAUCAUGCAUGUCCCUUGUCUGCCCACGCAGGACACGCAAAGGUAAUCUUGUUCCCCGGGUAAUGCCGAAUGUUCCUUUUUGUCGGACGCUUUCUAAUGGGCAAGCCACCAUAGGCUUGUGAACCGGAGCCCCGGAAACACAUCUAAAUUACUAAAGCUUUUGAUAUGUCUUUGAUACUUUUCCACAACCAUGCUAUGUCAUUAGGAUUUGCAAGAUACUGAAAGAGUUGGUUGUAGAGUGUGCCUAUUGGUUGUGUGUCUUGGUUUCCCCCAGAAAGUAUCGUAUGAUUGUUCCUUUGGUGUCCUAUGUAUGCUUCUUAUAACUCUCCAAUGUUAAGUUAAAUAGCAUAUAAGACAGUAAAUCUCCUUGUUUUUGUCUCAUUUAGUCUGAAAUUCCCUUGAAAAUUCACCCUGAACGUCAAUAGUUUAUGUCUGAGUGUGUAAUUGUUUUCCUCCAUAUUUAAUAAUAAUAAGUUCUGCUGUGAUGAGGUCUUCUCCAGGGGUUUUGUGAUUUUUCAUAGAGUUGAUUACUUCUGUAGUUUCUUCCAAAUAUAGGGAGUUUAUUAGGGUGUCUGGUCCUCCAUGAUAUGGUUCAUAACCGUGUCCAUUGUCAGCUUUUAGUAUUUCCUCAAAAUAUUCAUCCCACCUCUCCAGUACUUUACUAUUUCUCCGUAAUUAAUUCUCCAACUUUGUUCUCAUACAUUUGAGGCUUACCUUGGUAUCCAUUCAUUUUAUCUCUUAUCUUCAUAUACAUUCCUCUAAUAUUUCCCUCUCUUGAUUCGUCUUCUAUUUCUUUUUCUUCCUGCUAAUUUUGGGGGCUUUGGUUCUGUUUUUUUUGUUGUAUAUUUGUCUUGUAUUUCUGGUUACCAUUUGUAUAAUGGUCAUUUGUGCUUUGUUCCUUUCUUCAAUAAUCUCUCUACAUUUAUUAUCAAUCCACCCUACUCCACUCUUAGUUUGUUGAAAUCCUUCUACUUUUUGUGCUUAUGUUUUUAUAGCAUUUUUUAUCCUAUCCCACUGUUCAUUUAUGUUGUUUUCUGUAUAUUUUUUCAUGUUUAUUUCUUCCUGUGCUUGUACUUAUUUCUGGUAAGCUUUUGUGGUUAGUGGGUCUUUGGUACGUUUUUUGGUAAUUAUAUAGUUUUUCUCUUUGAUUUCGGUCAUUGUAUAUUUUGCUUAUUUUCUGCUUAUACUUAACCCAUAAAAGCAGAUGGUCAGAGUCUGCAUCUUAUAUCUAGUAUGUUUGAACUGUGCCUUUGAUCGAUUAGAACAUGUUCAACUUGAUUGUGAAUUACAAGUAACUUUAUAUAUAUCUGGUGAGUUACAAGUAACUUCAUAUAUAUAUAUUGUGCUGAAACUUGUCGCUGCUGUUAUCCCUUUUCUUUAAGCAAAGUCUGAGUCGGAUCCUGUUGUCAUUAUUUUCUUCAUGUAGAAUAUCCUUGCCAACAAUUGGCUUAAACACUUUCCCUAUUUUAGCAUUAGUUGCCAAUCACUAUUUUAAUAUCAAGUUGUGAUGUCUCAUUAUAGAUCUUUUCCAGUGUCUCAUAAAACGAUUCUUUUAUCUGACCUUAUGUAUCUUUAGUGGGAUCAUGAACAUUUAUACAUGUUAAACAUUUUCCCUUGCACACUCAAGCUUAAAAUCUAUGACUGCACAGAUGGCUUCUUUCUUCAAAACAAAUGCUUUUCCAAGAUUGUUGGUGUUGUUGCCACUAUAAAAUAUGGUGAAGUCUUUUGUCCUGAGGAUUUCAGCAUUUCUCCAUCAAAUUUCUUGCAGGCAGCAUGAGAAAUUGUAUAUUUAAUUUGUUUCUCUUAUUAGGUUGGUUAAGGCUCCUGCUUUAAACAAGCUUAGUAAUGUUCCAAGUUGCAAUCCAAAAAUCAUGUCCAUAUCCAGGCAUAGGUCCAAUUCCAUCUGGGUUUAAUUAUUUUCUUUGGCUUUUGUAACCUUUAAUUUUUUUAAAAGGUCAAGUUUUUAGCCCUGUGCUCAUCAACCAUGGGGGGCUGGGGGGGGGACUUGCCCCUUAUAGCUCUCAAAGUAGCUGCCUUUAUUUUCAUGUAAGAUUCCUAGCCUUUCUGAAUCCUUCCACUUCCUACAAGGCAGUAGGUUCUGAUUUUGUUUCACCCUAGAUAUUAUAAUCCCCCCCCCUACCCACCACAUCUGAUGGGCUUUCCCCUAUCUACCACCUGGGCAGGGGCUCAAUGGAAGAUUAGUAUCUCCGCACGACCAUAAGCUUUAGAUCCCAAUAUAUUCCUUCGUUAAACAAUAUAGAAAUUUCUGUAAAAUUCUAGGUUAUAUUUAAUUAAACUUAUUCUUGUAAUUGUCUUUAAAUUGUAUUUGAAAUGACAGACACUAAAACUGUUCAAUGGUUCAGAGAAAAAACACACUAAUAAUAUAUUUUGUUUCUGUACAGGAACGAGUUCAUGCCAAAGACCCCCCUCACGUGUAUCUGGAAAAGCUCAAAGCAUAUUUGGAUCCUAAAGCAACCAGAAGCUCUAGGGUAAGUGGCAUUAAAUUUUUUGGGGGAUAGAGAUGUGACGGACAUGUUGUCAUGUAAUAUUUUCAUACCCAGGUUAUAUUUGAUUAGUUAGCCAGGUAAUAGGAGAGUCCUUUCACAAGUCUGAUACCAUGAUAUUUUCAAUAUUUCAUAUGCUACUCAAGUCCUGGGACUAUCCACUCAGCUUUGCUCUUUACCAUUGCAUAACUUGCCUUUAUAAAUGCAAUUUUUUUAAAUGCCUUGUUACUGCUCAGUUAAUUCCUAUAUAUCUUUAAUUUCCCAUUUCUUUUUUGGUUCUUUAAUGACUGAGGUGUUAUUUUCCCUAUAAAGUUUGUCAUAAUAAAAAUUAUAAAAACAAACAAAACAACACUAUUGCCUAAGAUAAUAAAAUUAAAUUUGAGUGUAUAUUUAAACAAGACAAUAAUUUGAAUUUCAGUGUGUAUCCAAAGUGUGUAGCAUUUUUACAAGUUUAGUUAAAAGUAAAAAAACAAAAACUUUCUAUAAAUUAUCAUUCACAGAUUCUCAACUAUUCAUAUUUUGGGUGUUAUUUGCUGUCCUUAGCAGGCAUUUAUUGGGCUUAGUAAAGUAUUGCUAUUUUCCAAUUGUUUAAAAUGCAAUACCAUUACCUCAAUGUCAGGACCAGUUGAAAGGUGCUGCUCAAUUAUAUAUUAAAAACUGUCAUUUACUAUUUGGCAUAAUUACGUGAGCUACAGUAAAUGGACAAGUUAAUAAUGUCUGAGAUUGUUAGACAGGCUAAGAUGGUAAAGAUGUUCCUUCAUAUACAUCUCCCUGUACAUCUUACUGAGCAUCUACAUGUACACCCCGCAUUACUUCAUAUUAUAGUAUUCUCUAGUAAAUAGUGUUUACUAACAAUGGUAAAAGGACAGACCUGCAGGCACACAUCGAUUUUUGUAAAGUGGUAUUCAAAAAUAUAAGUUUACAUGGGUCAAAUUAUUUUUCUUUUAUAUUAAAUAAGAAAAAACGUAUGGAAUUACUUUGUUAGAUUGUGAAAGUUUGUUAGGUUAAUACAUGUACCGAGCUAACAGUACCAAACAAAAUACUGUUUCGUCUUUCUGUCUAUUUAUUGUGGCCCUGCUGAGUUAUGGAUGACUUGGCGAAUGACUGAUAAGCUAAAGCCUCCGCCCUGUUGAGAGAACCCACCCAGUGCCUUGCUCAUGGACAGUGGAAUAAAUGCAUGAUGCUGUACUGUUGAGUAACAAGUGGGUUCUCCAACAUGGCUAGCUGGUUGAUGGUGUCAUUGUGUAUGAGGCAUACGAUUGAAAUGAGGAGAUUUAGACUUGACUGGGAUUUUCACAUUAAACCAGUUUAGUAUAAUACCCAGUGGUAAAUCCAGUUAAGCCGCUAUGACGAGAUUCAUACGAGUAAAAGAAACAGCUACCAAACAUGUAUUACUGCUUGGAUGGAUUUUUUUUAUUGAACUUUAUUACUAACGGUUUAAAUUUAUGCUGUUCACCUAUUUAAUAAUUCGUUUAUUUACAUAACAAGAGCUUAAUCAUUGUAAUAAUCAGUAUAUUUAAAUAUGAUUAAAAAUCAAUAAAUUUCAGACAUCAACCAGGGGUGGGGGGGGCCUCCCCAAUCCACAUCAUUAAGACUAAGACGAUCCAUGUCCAUUCCAAUUUCCUAACAUAAUUGUCAAGCAUGCGAGUUGUUUGUUUUUAAGUAACGAUUAGAUCGUGCUUUUUACCUUGCAGCUAAGUCCUAAUGGGAGAGCUGAUUCCAUGGGGUACUAGGUACCUCUCCCCUUUUUCAGAAAGCUGAAAAAACAUUCAUCAUUAACUAACGAAACCGUACGGAUGUUUUAUGUUAAAAAAUUUGGGAAUCCCUUAAUCUCGUCUCUUCAUUUCCAUUAACUUUGUGAGUUACCCAAUUAAGCUGUUUAAUACUGGCAUGACCCUAACUCUUUAACAUACCAUUUCUAUUUCAGCAAGCAAUGUGUAUAGCCAUUCACACAAUGGUGUGUAGCUUUACGUUUCUCCGCAUGGCUCUUCGUGUCAGAGCUUUUGUUUAUUGUGUUUAUUUUUUCCUUACCGCGGGCCAGUUAUUAUUAUUACUACUAGGUGGAUAUGUUGUGGAUUCUUUACAUUGAUUUUCUUUAUGGUGUCUAUAUAAUCUCUGUUUCUUAUUUCUUUCAGAACUAUUUUUGUCAAAUUCUUUCACUAAAAGAAUAAAAGAUUAUUAUUUUUGAAUGUUUCUUUACUAAAUCUUCCUUUUUAUGUCAUCUGUUUACGUGCAAUGAUAAUGGAGACGAAACUGUUUACGAGCAAAUUCACUGUUUUUUUAAAAAGUUUUUAAUAUUGUUGCGUUAAUUACGUUUUUGUUUUUAUUGAAAUGUGUGCGCUCGCUCGCUACAUGUUUGUUUUGGAAAGAUCUAUAUUGUUUUAUAGUCAAGACUUAAUUGCUUCGUGCGUUUCGAUCAACACAUACUGGCUUUACGUUUUUCCUUUGUUUCAUUUGCAAUUUAAAAAGUUGAAUGCAGGCUUACGAAACAACCAAACUUAAAUUUGGAGUGUGCUUAUAAACUAUAAACGAACGAAUGAAUUCAUUUACACAUUAGCUGCAUGGUGUCUCAAUGUUAACUGUCCGAAGGCUUAUGUGUGUUACAACAAACACACUGUGUGCAGUAAUUGUUUAUAUCCAAGGAUCCACUAUUUUAUACUUACAUUCAAAUGUAACGACUUCUAGAAGUCGAGAACCCCUCCUCCCCGUUUAGUUAUUUCAAUGUAGCAAAUCAUUGGCGGUCGAUUUAUUUAUGACAUAACACUCCACCAGAAUUAAAUUAAUUUUUAUAAAUGAGGAAUUUAAAAUGAAAUUAUAUAGUUAACGUAAAACAAAAAGUAUCAUAUGGGGAAAAAGGUUGAAGUAGAAGGUUGUUUCUGUUGGGAGGGGACGGCUGACAACUGACACAAUCGCCGUCUGGCAAGGGAAUGUUCUCAAAAUAGGGUUAGUCUGCCUACGUCUGACGGUUUCUAGUUCCGGUCUGCCUUCUUGGUGUCAAGGAGAACAUGCUUUAUUCCGUAUUUAAAUUAAAAAAUGCGGCUUCUCAAGUAAACUGCCUAGACUACACACUUCGCUAGACUGAGUUAAUUCCCCCCCCCCCGUUUUUUUUUCCAUGUUUUUUUCUCUAUUACCUAAAUUCCCCUCCCCCACACUUUUUUUUACUAGCUUUGGUGUCAAGGAGAACAUGCUUUAUUCCGUAUUUAAAUUAAAAAAUGCGGCUUCUCAAGUAAACUGCCUAGACUACACCCUUCGCUAGACUGAGUUAAUUCCCCCCCCCCCCGUUUUUUUUUCCAUGUUUUUUUCUCUAUUACCUAAAUUCCCCUCCCCCACACUUUUUUUUACUAGCUUCGUCGUCGGUCUGUAAAGUGGUCUCUUAAGAAUAAGUUGAGAUAUCCUGUCGUGGCCGUACAUAUGUAUUAUUGCCAUAAAGUAAACACAGUUUCGCUUGGAUAACUCAUAUAACUAGUAUACAUUUCUGGUAGAUUCAUCUAAGUCGGGAUUUAAAUUAAUCAUACGAUCAAUUAUUUCCAACACCACUGCCCUAAAGAAAGAGAAGUCCUCAUUGAUCGCUUACUUACUGUCAACCAUACAUUUGUGAGACACCAUGGCUUGUUCGGCCAAAAUACCAGAUCUUAGGAUCCCUUUGACGUUCUUCUUACUUGGCUCUCCAUCACGGGAAGCUGACUGAGAGGUUCUCCUACUCGGCCGCGAUGGUUUUUGUAGGCACCCUUAGCCGCUAUCACUUACGGUACUAUCAAUAUGUUCAAACCUCAUUCACUAGUUAGUCGAACGUUGCUGAUGUUAGUUCUCUGAUCUACCCUGGGUUUAUUCAUGUUGCUUAAUCCUUAAUGUUUUGAAGAAGAAAAAAAAAACGCCAGCUCAUUAUCUGCGUUUGUGUGAAAUAAAUGAGUGUAAAUGAGCACUAUGUAUAACUUCUUAGAGUCGUAAUAUAAGAGAAAAAUUAUAAUAGACAAGCCAUUAAAAUGUUAACUCAUCGUCAGAGAGGAUCGCUUAGCCUUUGACCUAGACAGGGGUCGGGAACAUUUUUUUGACUGAGAGAGCCAUGGACACCCCAUAUUUUGAAAAGUAAUUCUGUGAGAGCCAUACAUUAUGUUUAAAACUAAAAAUUCAAGUAAAUGUGUGCAUUUUGUGUAAUUUCAACACUAAAAAUGUAAAAUAAUUGUGUCUCUGAAUUCUUUUAAAUAAAAUUGUUAUCAAUAAUGAGUAUUUCUUACCAUUAAUGUGACUUUUUUUUUAUAAUCGAACAUUUUGUCUGCGAGCCAGUUGGAGCCAUCCAUAGAGCCACAUCUGGCUCGCGAGCCAUAGUUUCCCGACCCCUGACCUAGAACUAAUGGAACAGGUCACAGUGACCGUAUUUAUGUACUCUCAACCAUAUCACUGCUGUUUUCUAGAAUACAAAGCAUGCGCUACUAAUCAUGAGUUAAACUGUGUCGAAAAGAUGAAUGAUCUUAGAAGCAUACGGAAGAUCCAGCCGCCCGAUGACCUGAUUACCCACACACUUACAUUCGCCGUUUCUUUUUUCUUUCUUUUUUUUUUUUCCUUCUUUUAUGGCAUCCUGUUUCUUCCAGCACCACUAGUUCGCACGUUCGUCUAGCUCAGGGGUCCUCAAUCGUUUUAAUUAGGGGGCCGAUUCAUUGUCGCUCAGACAUUUGGGUGCUGGUCCACUGUCCCACAGACACUGUUGCCGGCUGGACUAUAGUCUGAAAAAAAUAUGAUUAAAAAUUCCCAUACACACUCCCACAUCUUAUUUGUAAUAAGUACAAUACAGUACAAUAUUUUAAAUGAACAGUUUUAAUCAACAUCAAGUUAUUAGUAUUUCAAUGGGAAGUAUGGGCCUACUUUUGUAAAAAUAGGUCUGCAAUCUCCGGUUCCAUAUUUGUCACUGCUACCUGGGUAACCGAAUGACGUCCAGGCGGACCGAAGGACACCUGUAGGGCUGGAUCUGACCCGCGGGCCAUAGUUUGAGGACCCCGUAGUGGUCUAGUUUGUUAAAUUCUUCACUGACUCGCGUCUCCCUGCCGCCCACCCCCACACGCAUAACCCAUCAUGAGAAUCCAACAGCCCGACGUGCCGUUAUUCGCACCCUUUCACCCAACUUUUCCCCAUUAGAGUACAUGAGACAGGUGAACUCCCCGAUGUUGUUGAGCAGCAUGUACACAAGCAUAUUUCAACAUGUAUACAUGGAAUCCACAGAUUGCUUACUGAUACUGAAAUCGCUCGUUAAAGAUUAAAGAAUACAACAAGACUUUUUUUUUCUUAAAUGGCUUUCAUAUCAAUUAUUAAUCCAUUUCUACUAGUCAUAUUUUAUUUUUAUGAACCCGAAGGAAACUAAUUUUUUUUUAAAACUCAAGGUCACCUGACUACGUCACACCCCAGACCUUCUUAACAAUGUCAUUCAUUUUUGGAAGGAUGUUAUCUAAUAGUAUAUAAUAAGCUCUAUAGGAUCACUUCUUCUUAAAGGGUGUCUAUACAAAUUUUGAUAAUUAAAAUCAUAAUUAAUACAUCGAAACCUGUGGAUCUUUCUCUUAGUUGCAAAACCUAUCGAGCUAGGAAUACAAUGUAUGCUAAUAAUGUACCAGUAAUAGUUCCAUGUAAUCAAGUCAGCAUUAGUUUGCGAGACUGUUGCGUUAAAAAAAAACCUCGCGCGCGUCAGCUAGCGUUAAAACUAUUUCUCUUGUGAGCACUUCCCUUUUAAACAAUCUACGGGAUCCAACUCGCCGAAAUAUGUGUCAAGUUCUGUACGAUGAUGUCAGUAGAUUUAUGUUUGUAGUAGCAUGAGUGUAACUCUGCCUGUCUUAUCAUUGUCAUGUUUUUAUCAACUAUGAUCUCUUCAUUGUUUUGUUUUUUAGUUUUCAGUGUUCUUUUUCAGCAGUGCAAAAUCUUAGUUAUAAUUAGUUUAAUUUCCAUUAAAUGUUCAUUUUCACGGGUCAUGAUCACCCAUACGCAUUAUAUUACUCUGUUAAUAAAUACAAUCUGUCAUUUCCCAACUGAAGAGCCGUCCAUAAAGUAUGAGUUGAACAAGCGUGUAAUAAGCAUGUCACCUUCUUCCCGAUUUCCCCCUGAUGACCGAAUAAAACUUAAUGAAGUAAAUAAAAUUUACGUAAUUAAUUAUAGGUUUAUUUAUUAUUUAUGCUCUUGAAUUUAAUAAAUCUACGGUGUGUGUCAGUGGGUCCCGGGUUGAGAUUCCACGUUUAUUAGAUUUACUUUUGUACAUCCUCUUUGAUGCGUGUCAACUCGUCAUGAUCAUCACUACCACACACGAUUGCUCAUCUUACGCUGGUUAGUUUAUGGCGGGCAAAAAUUACUCAUGCGUGAAGCGGAAACGUUUCUUUCAUAAAGGGGUGUGUGGAUGAAAUUACCUUUACAGUAUCAUGAGUCAUACAAUCAUACAAAAAGAGGGGGGGGGGGCGUCGUUUCGGUUAAAUACAAAGUGCUUAUAAGGAAGUAGUUUGCGUGUGUGGUGACGAUAGUGAAAUUUUCCCUUGAGCCGAGUUUCACUUGCCCAAAUACCAUUCACGUUAUUUGUAACUUUGCAGUUUUUGCUGCAAUCUAAUAGAGAAAUAUAUGUUCAAAUUCUCAAAAUAGUCAUUACUAUACGGAGUUUCCCGAACAGUCUGUUCCGUUUCUAUCAUACGGUUUUCAAAGGGGGACAGGAACACGUUUAUUAAGACGUCACUAGGGAUCUAUUGUAACACUAAAGUUUUUUAAUAAAAAAUAAAGGGAGUUAAUUGUUGAAUAAAAAUUCAGUGAAAUUUAUCAUUUCAUAUGCGCCAUAUUAAACUACAGUUUGGGAAACUCUUUCUUCCACCACGACCGCUAAUAUUGUUUUCCUUGAACUUUCCUAGAUUCCAGUGCCAUUUAUUGUAAGUACUGGCGAGGUCACAACUAUUACGGCAUGCAGCCAGCUUUCUAACAGCUGUAGUAGAGUUUUAUUACACACUUUUAUUAACGUUUACUGUACUACCAAUCCUUGUUGAACAGAGUCUCUCUGUUGUCGGUUUGCCUUGAGCACCAUUGUCAUCUUGUUGUUUGGUGUAUGUCUGCAUCACAAACCUGUCGUUUAUCUGGUUGAUGUAUAGUUAAGUAAGCUGGGCGGCCGUUCUGUGUAAACAUGAGAACUGCCAGGAUUUCUUAACAUGUAAUGACCUGAAACAUUCUACCAGUCAUUUAGAUCACUGAUUAGCAGCCAUGUGCAGGCGAGACACUUUAACAAAUUACACGAUGUUGCGUCUCCCAGUUGAAUACAAUAACACGGACCAGCCAGAAGUGCUUGUGGGGGGAUUGUUGGGGGGGUGUCAUAGGGUACUAGCCCGUCAGUAGACGUGACAGGUAACAGUAGCAUGGAUCUGUCUGCUUUGGUGUUUCCUUAAACAGAUCGUGAAUAGAAUAGUCAACAAUCAACACCCCCUCCCCCCUCCCCUAAAUAAGCGUAACCGUUGCAUUUUGUUUAUGUAAUUUGUUGUGGAACUUAUGUUGUGUAUCUUACUCACUAUACUGGUGUUUAGUUAGAUUACAUUUAUUUCCUCAUUUUCAUUUUGUAAUUGAAAACUAACAUAUUUAUUAAAAUUACUUAUUAAUUGUGUGUGUGUGUGUGGGGGGGGGGAGGGGGUGUGCAGUAAACAAAGAUCUUACUUUUGGCCUUUGAAGUUUUUUAUUCAAUACUCGUACAGUAUCACUACCCACAUACCCGAUCCCCCUUCUCCUUAGUCAGGGACCACUCCUAUGUGCAAAAUGUGGGUGGUUUAAACAGUAGUGCACAAAUCAAGUUUUUAACCUAAAUUACCACUCCUAGCCCUUCCCUCGAUCCCUGUGCAGUUGUUCAUAGUUAAGUAUUCAAAUUAGGAUAGGACAGAAGUACAACAUCUCUGGACUCUGGAAGAUUUAUAACGUUCUUUAUGGCAAUAUUAUUUUUAAUUAAAAAAUCAUCAUCUCUACCAUUUGAUUGUUACUUAUAUUUCUAACAUUAUACCUGUUUUUAUAUCGGGUAUCUCAAAAUUUUGCUUUAGUAGUAACAGGCAAGUUGAAAAUAGAAGACGUAUAAAAGAUGUGAUGCAACCAGUAUAAAAACACAUUCCAAAACAUUGACAUCACAUUUUAGCCCAAUUUGAUUUUAAAAUUAGACCAAAAAGUCAAUAUCCACACAUUGAGUUUUAUCUAUCUCUCUUCUCCAACUUCUCUUUCACACAAACCACAUACACACAAUACACCAUAUACAUAUGCACACACACACCCACACACAUAGAUAUAUAUCCAAAAGAGAUAAUUUCAAAAUCCUAGCAGACUUUUUCACAGAUAUACAUUUCUUUCAGUCUCAUCUAUUGCUGUUACAGAGGUUAAUAAUUAGCUUGGUCUCAAUUCAAAAACAUGUAUUGUAUAGAUAAAACUCUUUGUGUUUUAACUACAUUCAAUUUGGAAGAGGUUUUUUUUUAUACCUUUUUUUAAAAAUCUUACAACUCAAUUUCAGGAAGCACCUCUUAAGAAUUCUAGAAAGUAUUGAUUUUGGGUCCAAGCACAUCUCUAUUAUAACUAUACUAUCUAUAAUCUAGACCUAUCAGUUACAAUUAAAACCUAAAAUUAAAAAAACAAAAACAAUUAUAAUUCCUUUAUAUCAAAAUAGAGUGACAAACCUGUUACAUACUGGUUGAAAAACCCUGGUAUACUGUAGUUAAAGGCAGUCUUCAAAUAGAAAAUAUAAAUGCAAUAAUGUGGCUUUAUAGCUUUAUAUAGUAUAAAAUAAUUAAUUUUUGCAUUUAAACUUUUAUUUGAAAAAGGGAAAUUACUCAAAAAAUAUUAUGAUACUAAGAAUGCUUGUAAAAGCCUGACUAACAAUAAUUUUGUAUAGUCACAUGUAAUUUUUCCUUUUUUUUAACUCUGUCAGGACUAAUACUACUUACUGUCUCAGCAUAGACUUUUUUAAAAAAAACAACAAAUAAUUAAAAUAAUGUAAAUUAAAUAAACAGAAAAUGUAAAAAAAAUUAUCCAACCUUAAGUAUUAAUCUGAACGCUAAUUGAAAUUUUAUCAGUUAGCCAGUUUGAGAAAGUACUUAUGUGUAAGCAUGAUUUCGUUACUGUCUAUUUUUAUUUUCAUUUUUUUUUUAAAACAACAUUUAAAUAAAAAUUUCUGUAUGCAUUUUUAUUGUUGUAAAAUAAAAUAUAAUGAUUUUUAUUGAUCGCAUUGAUGAUGCUUUAAAAAAAUACUUCACUGAAACUAGCCUAUCUCUGGUGUUUUGCCCUCCACUAUUUUUUGGGGUAAAAUUCUGAAUGUAAGUUUGACCAACUGUUAACUUUGUUUGAAUUUUAAAAUAUAAACUUUUUGUGGUUAUGUUUCAACAAAAUUAAAACACAAAUUUAAUCUGGUCAUUGAUUAAAUCCUAAUUUUGUAACAAAUGGUAAAUAUAAUUGGAAAGCUAAAGUUGUUCACAAUUAUUGUUAAUUAUGAUCUUACUGUUGUCCCUGAUAGUGGGAUGUGAUGUUGUUCCUGUUAACUGCUGCCACAUAUUUCCUCCAGAGUAAUUGAAAUUUAUAUUUAGAUAAUUUUUUCUCUUUUAAGUGAAUCAAGUAGAUGUUCAAACUUAAUUUAAUUAUAAUGUCAUUUAUGUGCAGGUCAUAUUUUGAAAUGAACAUGACAUUGGUGAUAUUAAAAUAAAUAAUUUCUAACAUAUCUGAUGGAACUCCAUAAAAUAGAAAGUUAGUUUAAAAUAUCUUGAUCUUUUUUGUUGAUAUUUUAAAUAUAGUUAAAAAAAAUAUUUUUUUAUUUUAAAAUUAAUAUUUGACCUUUUCCUAUUUAGAAACGGAAAAUGCUUGGUGAUUCAACAUCUACACAAGUACUGAGAGAUCUGGAAAUUUCACUUCGGACCAAUCACAUAGAGUACGAACUAUAAUAUUGUUCUUUUAGAAAUUAUUAAACAUUACUACUUUGUACGAUAACAUAAGAUUCUUAUAAUGAUCAAAUCAAAAAGAAAAGUGUUUUAAUUACAUCGUACAUAUUCAUCUACAACAUAUGAAAUAGUAAUACAGACUGUAAAAAAAAACAAGUCUAAUAAAAUUAAGUAUAAUUAUUUAAAAAAAACAUUUUCAAUCUGCUCAGGUUUGCAUUAUUUUUAAAUUAAUUUAUUUCUGUUUAAUAUUGAAAAUAUUAAUUUAUGUAUAUAUGUUUUUAAUUUUUUUUUUUUUAUUUCACUAGAUGGGUGCGUGAAUUUUUGAAUGAGCAAAACAAAGGCUUAGACGUCUUGGUGGAUUACUUAUCUUUUUCUCAGGUUGUCAUGAGGUAAACUAUUAGUUUUUUUUUAAUUGAAUGUUAAGAUAGAUUAAGUAAGAUUCUUAAUUGAUCAAAAUAAAUGGAAAUCUUUUUUGAAUGCAUUGGUCUUAUUUAAUUUCAGCAGAUAGAUAAAUAUUCUAACAAAGAUAACAUUUUAAAAAUAGAAUAAUUUAAACACAGGACAUCUAAAAGUAUUUCUCAAGUUUAAAAAAUCAACCGUCAUUUACCAUGAAACUUCACGUCCUCAGUGACAAUAAUGACUUUAUAAGGGAUCAUUUAGAUUUUAUCACUGCUGGGAAAGUACGCUGGUGAAUUAAGACAGACGGAGAAACAAAAUAAUUUUUAUAUCUUUUGGUCCUAACUUGAAAAGAAACAAUUUGCCCUGAUCCUGCUGAUCUUAGGUAUCUGUGAUGAAGAGGGUAGGAUGUAUCCUCCAAUAUUUUUUAGUUUUACAACAGCAUUUUCUUGAAAUAGUUCUUCAAGCAAAAGUUGUUUUGUUUAUGUGAUAUUACUUGCGUUCUUGAUUAGUUAAUAAUUUUCAAAAAAAUUCCCACUUUUACUGUUAUUUGUUUUGUGUGUUACAACACUCAUAUGCCUCAAAUUGAUAUUUCAGUUAUAAAAAUAAAUUAUUAUUGUUUUUGUUUUAUAGACGAGAGCAGCUAUUAAAUAAUGAAAAAACAUCCAGUUUGGACUCUGGCCUGAGCAGAAGUCCUAGAAGAUACCUCAAGAGAUCUAACACUAUUGGAUCACCAAGGAGCUCAAAAUUUAUUAAUAACAAAUUAAACAUGGGAGAAGCAAGAGAUGAUGUACAUGUCUGCAUAAUGUGCUUAAGAGCAAUAAUGAAUCAUCAGGUAUGUUUGUUUAUUUUAAUUAUGUCCGUACUUUUGUUAUUAACAUCAAUGGAUUAAUAUUAUGUUUGUAAAACAAAUGUCUAUCUACUUCAGAACAUAAUACUAAGUACAGAUUUAUUCUGGUCUUCUUUUUCUUGUUUGUGCCAUUAUGUUUUAAUAGUAUUCAAAUAUUUAAAAUCCUUUACAUUUCAGUAUGGUUUUAAUUUAGUGAUAGCCCACACAGAUGCAAUAAACUGUAUUGCUCUUAGUUUAAAUCACAGAAGCUUACGGUAAGUAUUUAUUACAUUAGUUUGAACUAUAAUCUUUUACAUUAAACAUCUUUCUAGACACUGAAUUGUUGAACAUAUCUUUUUCUAAUGUCAAAACUCAGACCCAUAUUUUAUACCUAAUUUAAAUGAGAUAUCAUUUUAACUGGUACAGAUGACAUCAUCAAGAGAAGGAAAUCUAUUGGAAGCAAAAUUAAAGGGUAAAUAAGUCUAUAAAAAAGGCCUUCAUCAGCAGACACAUUUUGUUUUGUGUCACAAAUAACUUCCAUUAUACCUAAUAGUUUUUAACUCAUUAAUCUAACAUCCCUGUAAUAGAUAUACAAUCACUGCAGAAAACUUGUUAAUUAUAGAGGUCUACUUUGCAAUCACUGCCGAAAACUUGUUAACUACAGAGGUAUUCUAAGCAUUCCCAGAUGUUUUCCUUCUAAGACAUUUGAGAUACAGCUACCUUUAAUUUCCCAGCUCUCUAUUCCCAUUAACUUUUAAAAAUAAUUAUCAUAUAUACUUGUGUCUAUGUCAAGAAAUUUUUAGUAGUAAACUUCAUUUUAAAACGCAGAGUCGACUUAUGCACAGGUCAGUGCUAGUUUCAAUAGAAUUCUAUACAUUGAAUGCAGGGCAAUGUCAAGUUACUGGUAGUGCUAGUUUACUUAAUGUUUUACUGAGAUACAAACAUCAGGUGUGAUACGUCUGGAGUCAGUCUGCCAAAGUUAAGUAAACAGUGCAGUGAUUGAUGCUAGGUAAAAUAUGACAAAAUUACUAAAAUCACAGAAUUUCAUGGCCCCAAGUUUUACCCUCGACUUAUAGCAUUAAAAAAACUGUCCUUGACUUAUAGAUGAGAUUGACUUAAAGACAAGUAUGUAUGGUAACAUAAACUCUGAUCCUUAAACCAUGAAUACUUCUUAUUUAGGACAAAGGCCCUUGUAUUAGAACUUUUGGCAGCUGUUUGUCUUGUCAGUGGUGGGCAUGAUAUCAUUCUUUCAGCAUUUGACAAUUUUAAAGAAGUAAGUAACCAAUUUUGUUUCUUCUCUUUAAUUAACAAUAUUAGCCACUUAUAUUUACACAUGAGAAGAACAUACUAAUGAAAUAUUGUAAUUUUUAGAUAUCAUUUCUAAAACUGGCUUACAUUAUUACAUGUUGUUUUUUAACUUUAAUUUCAGGUGUGUGGUGAACAGCACAGGUUUGAAACACUUAUGGAUUAUUUUAAAAAUUAUGAUGAAUUUCACAUAGAUUUCAUGGUAAGUUUAAUCCGUCAUUAUGUUUUUUAACACCCACUUUAUUCUCAAUUCCAGGAAUUUAAAAAUAAAAUUGUCAAAGCAAAAAAUUAAAAUGUAUUUCUUUUAACAGGUGGCUUGUAUGCAGUUCAUCAACAUUGUUGUACAUUCUGUAGAAAACAUGAACUUUCGAGUACAUUUACAAUAUGAAUGUACACAUAUUGGUCUCGAUGAAUAUUUAUCGGUUAGUACAAAUAGAUAAUUAUUAGUUGGUAUAUUAAGAGCUGAAAAAUCUUAUAAAAUAUUUAUGAGGACUAUGCUGAAUAACACAAGUUUAUUUUGAAAUUUUGCUUAUUGCUUCUGAACAGUGUAAAAGCUGCUGCCUUGUUUUUUAAUUCUAGAAACUGAGAAAUACAGAAAGUGAUCGCUUGGCAGUUCAAGUUCACGCAUAUUUGGACAACAUGAUUGAUGUUGCUCAACUAUUAGAGGACUCAGAAACAAAGACUGAUGCUCUUGAAAAAGUGGCAGAGCUGGAAGAUGAUCUUUCUCAUGUCACAGAGAGGCUAGCGGAAGUGGAGGAGGAGGCUAUGACAAAAACAGGUUAAUAAAUUUGUAGUUACAUGUUUUGAUGCACCAUUCAGAGAAGGAUUAAGGAUUAAAUUUAUUGUAAUGCUGUUGUUAGACAUUUGCUGCAGUCAGAUAGUUUUGUGGAUGUUUUAAAGAACGGCUAAAUCCUUUUUAAAUUUGUUGUGAGAUAUCAUCACAGAAUGGUCAAAAGCUUGGAUGCGUAAGGUUUGGGUCUAAAGCCCUCGUUAACAGUUUUUUAUUGUAAAUCCCCUUCGCACCUUGCUUUAAAAUGUAAAUUUAUAUAUCUUUCCAACUUUACUUAGAACCAAAAAGUUAGUCUUUUUUUUCUUUUCAUUAAAUGUGUUAUAUUAUUUAUUUAUAAAGGAGCAAAAUCUAGCCCUUUGUAUUCUUCCAUUAUAGCUAUCCAAAUUAUAUUAGUUGUUAUUUGUGUGUAUUAUAAAAUAUAUUUAACUUUUAACCUGUAUUGUAAACAAAAUUGUAAAAAAUAAUUUAAAAAAAAUUGUCUCAAAAGAUCACUAUAAUUAUAGAAAGAUAAAUUAAUAUUAUUUAAAAAAAAUAUUUUCCCAGUUGAGUUAGAAAAGCAGUUAUCUGAAGCUAACCAGGAACUUGAGGAAUUAAGGGUAAGUUGUUAUUAAAAAUGACAUUUAUUUAUUUACAUAAUUUUAAAAUAUAUAUCCAGAUUUUAUUGAUUUUUAGUGAUUUGUAUUUUCUUAAUUUUUGUUGUCUUUGUUUGAUUAUAACUUUCUAUUUAUUUGAGUAGGAGUUGGUGUCCAAGCAAGAACUAGAAAUGAGUAUGUUAAGGCAAACAAUGAUGGAAAAGGAUGAGGAAUCAAGGCAAAGGCUUAGCAUGCUAGAUGCUAAAUUAUUAGAGCUGGAAACACUAAAGUCUUUGCCAGGUAAGUUGAAUCUAAAUAAAUUAAAACUAUAUGAAAUUUAUGUUCUAUUUUCUAAAAUGCUAAUUAGAUAAGUUAUUUUUAAGUUCAUGCUUUCUUUGUAAAAAUGAUCUCAUCUGGAUGAGUUUCAUUAAGCUCCAAAUUCUAAAUGAUAUUUACUUUAAAAUAAAUAAAAGAUUUAUUCAUUCGAGUUGUUUUUGAAGUGUACAUUUUACAAAUAUAUCAUUGAUUUACCUAAGUUUAAUCUUUGAUUCUAUAGGUGGUAGCUCAUCAGAAGGUUCUCCUGUAAGAACCCCUGCCCUUUCACCUGUUGCCGUGCCACCACCUCCACCACCACCUCCUCCUCCCCCACUUCCUAAUGCCCCUGGUGCACCACCUCCUCCUCCUCCACCUGGUUCAGGAAUCCCUCCAAUUGAUGGUGAGCACUGAGUUUAUAUUAUAAAUGUUGAUUUUAAUAUUACAUCACUAUUAAAAAUAAGAAAUUUAUGUCUUUCAGGAAUUAAAACUUCUAUGGUAUACUUUAAUGCUUAGCAUUCUUAUACAUUUUGUAAUCAUUGUUUCAAAUGUUUAUUUUUUAAAUAAUUUUUUUUAGCCAUGACCAUUAAAAAGAAAAUCCAGACCAAGUAUCGUCUGCCAGUUUUGAAUUGGACCCCUCUUAAACCACAACAGCUCAAAGGAACAAUCUUUUCAGAUUUAGAUGAUGAGAAAUUAUAUACUGUUAGUAUUUUUAAAAAAAAAUUAUAAUUAUUGAUUACAAACCAUUUCUUUUUUUAUUUAAAUGACUUUUUAAUGUAAAAUAUAAUCCACAAAUAAACAUACCAAAAUGCGAUUUUAAAAAAUUGUUUAAUUACAUUUUUUUUUUUUAUUAUUGCCACUGAUGAAUACCAUACAGUGAUGUAUCUUGAACCAUUUCCCUUGCAAGGAAUGCAUUAUAUCUUUAUAAUUUUUUUAGGUAAUAGAUUUUAAUGAAUUUGAAGAUAUAUUUCGCCUGGGACCAGCUGGUGCUUUGAUAGGGGGUGGAGAUGGUACACCUAAACUGCUCAAGAAAAAUAAGAAACCAGAAACAGUAUCAUUAUUAGAAGCAAAUAGGCUUCGUAAUGUUGGUAAGUCUCAAACAUGGGUUCAAUCCAUUAAUAAAGUGAGAGAUAUUUGCUUUAUUUCUAACAGAUUUUCUUUUGAAUAGCCUUUAAUAAAUUCUCAGCCUUAGUAAAAUUUUCAAUAAUCAUUAACAAUUGUGGCUCACUUAUUAAUAAAUUUAGAAAAUAGGAAACAAUGAAUGGAUUAAUUUUUGGUACAUUUUCCCAAUAUAUUAGACUUUACCUUGUUUGCACAAACACGAAGUGAAAUAUUUUUUAUUUUUCCCCAGCAAUCACUAGAAGGAAAAUAGAAUUAACCAAUGAAGACAUAGUAAAAGCAAUUAACGGGUAUGUUAAAUUUCUUAUAAGAAUUUUAGUGCUAAAUUUUGAUAUGCAAUGUAUGCUCUGAAUCUAAAUAGGACUCUCAGAAUUAGGUGAUAAUGAAAGCAGACACAGUGGCGUAGCGAGGGUGUUUGGCGCCCGGGACAAGAUUCGCGCCCGGGGACAAGAUCCAUUUUUAGCGCCCCUUUUUCUUUUUUUCAACUCUCAAACCAAUUAUUUUCAUCAAUAAAAUAAUAUCAAAGCACAUUUUGGCACUCCUAACUAGCUGGCGCCCGGGGACAUCUGUCCCCCCCUCUGUCCCCCCCCCCUGCCCCCACCACGCUACGCCUCUGUGCAGACAUGAAAGUCUUCCCGGGGACAAGAUCCAUUUUUAGCGCCCCUUUUUCUUUUUUUCAACUCUCAAACCAAUUAUUUUCAUCAAUAAAAUAAUAUCAAAGCACAUUUUGGCCCUCCUAACUAGCUGGCGCCCGGGGACAUCUGUCCCCCCCUCUGUCCCCCCCCCCCCUGCCCCCACCACGCUACGCCUCUGUGCAGACAUGAAAGUCUAAGUAAAAAAAAUAAUUUUAAAAGCUAAAGCAAGCUAAUAUUUAGUAGCAAGUGAAAGUUCUUUGCAUAAUUGAAACUGCAUGUCAUGUCUAUUAGCAAAUAAUUUAAUAGAAUGUAAGGAUACACAUAUGUAAGGAUACACAUAUAAAGAGGCAAAAACAAUUUGCACACAAUUAUAAAGAGUGUUUAUGAUUUCAGGCUGGACCUCAAGAAGUUGUCGCUUGAUGUUGUAGAUAUUAUGAUGACUAUUUUACCUAAUGAAACUGAGGUAAAUUUUAAUUAUAGUAUCUAAGCCCAAACGAUAACAUUUUCUUACUUUUAGAAGCUUCCAGAAAAUUUUUCAAUGGAGAUUUUCUACAUAAGUUUUGUUAAUAAAAUCAAUAGAUAGUUUUUUUUCUUCAAUUAAACAAAUAUUUUAUGGCAAUAGUUAUAUAAUUUUCUUCUUCUUCUUUUAUAUCUUAAGGGCCCACGAUCAAUUUAUUGAUCAUUUUGGCUCCUAUGCAUGUAGAUGGGAUUUGCAAUGUUUCUGUUCCUGGUGUUGAUGAGGAAAUUUCACUGAUUUCAAGUGCCACUUUGUGAGGGAAUCAUGCACUAGGGGAUUGAAGGCUUGAGGCAAUAGACACAAAUGUGUCUAGUGUUGUCGCCUCAACCGUUCCUUUUGAAAGAUUGUUCCAGUUCCUUAUUGUCUUGGGCAGGAAUGAGCAGCUCCUAUACUGGCUUCUUGUUGGCAUGAGCCUGAAUUGCCUGUCAUGGCCUCGUCACUGUCUAUGGGGAGAGGGACGAGUUUCUGUUUAAUACUGGAACAGUGAACCAGCCCAUUAUUUAUCUAGUACAUCAUGGAGAGCCUGGAUUGUCGUCGUCGUUCCUCUAAUGGUGACCAGCCUAGUGUUUCCAGCAUGCUGUCAACACUAGAGGUAUUCCUGUAGCGGUUUAGGACAAAGCGUGCUGCUCGUCGCUGGACCGCCUCCAACCUGUCAAUGCUUUUUUUUUUUUGUUUUGCUUUCUAAGUUCCAUUUUUCCUUUUCAGACAAAGGCUUAUAAAAAUUUUGAGAGGGAAAAGCAAUCUGUUGCCACAUUAUCAGAUGAAGACAAAUUUAUGUUGCAGGUAUUUUAACUAAAGAUUUUUUUUUUUCAAAAUGAUUUAUUAUUUGUCAUUGAAAUAAAGUUUUAAAUGUUUUUUAUAAGUCAUCAGAUAGUUAAUUCACAAGUGAAGUAAGUCUAUCAACAAUAAAGUUUACCUUUUUAAAAAUAUAUAUUUUUGAAACAACAAGGUUCAUUUCCUUUUCUGUAUCUUAUUAAUUUUUAAAUUUCCCACUUAUAUUUUUAGAUGGUUAAAGUUGAGCGUCUGGCUCAAAAGCUUCAAAUUAUGAGUUUUAUAGGAAAUUUCUCUGAUAACAUGCAUCAAUUACAACCAGUAAGUAUUUUAACAAUGAUUUUAAACAAUUAUUUAACACAUUAUUUGAUUAUUUAUAAAAAAAUAUAAUUCAUUUUAGAGUUUUAAUAUUAAGUCCUGGUUAAUUACCUUACUUUUAAACAUCCAUUUUCAUAUUUUAGCUCUCAGAAGGCAAAUAUGUUUUUCUUGAAUAAAUCUAAAAAAAUGUUAAUUUAUUACACAAUAAAAAUCAUUUGGGAUAAUUUAAGCAAUGAUUUUUAAACAAUAAAUGAGCUUUCAUAUCUGCCACACAACUUAAUCACUGGAACAAACCUGAUUACGCUUAAAAUUUUGGUGCACAAUGUACGAUCUUGAGAUGUCUUUUACAAAUAUACGUUGAGACUCAUCGGAACUGCAAUUUUAAGAGACCAAGUUGAAAAUAUAUAUAUUCCUAUAGUUUUUUCUGAUUACAAAAAAUUUAAUCAAUUAAAAAGUAAAUUUUUGGUUCUUAGUUUUAAUUUGAAUUGAAUGGAUUGAGAAAUAUGAUUGGUUGGGGACCAUCUAUAAUUAUAUUACGUUUGCCCUAAGAGGGAAUGGAGUGGUGUUGAUUCAGGAGAUUUUGUGUAAUAUGUGGGGGUUGGGGGGUGUAUAAAUAUUUAGUCUAUAAAAUUAACACUGCCACAUUUUCACAAUGAGAGAGAGAUUGGUUGGGGGGUUUCAUCAGAAAGUAUGUACCAUAUUACAAAAUUUUAUAAUAUUCAUCCUGAAACUAUGAAAGUCCAAAAAUAGCAUAUCUCGAAUGAUGUAAAAAAAAAUUAGGCAAAGUUUUGUAGGAAUUAUCAUAAUAAUGUUGCGAUGUAUUUUGGGUGAGCAAAUAAAAGUCACAGGAAAAAGUCACAAAUUUUCCCUGAAAAAAGUCACAGGCAAAAAGUGGCAGGAAAAUAACUACAAAAAUGGAGUUAAAAAUGAAAAAAUAUUAAGUUAGAUAAUAGAUAAGUCUGAAAGUCAACAUUGUUAAAAAAUUCUUUUUUAUUCUGUGACGAAUCACAUAAAAACACUCACAUUCAUGUAAAUGUUUAUGUCUAUGCAAGCAAUAAUAUUAUAAACUUAAAUAAAUUCUGACAAGAUUUUAGAACAAAGGAAUUAGUAUAUCUUUCGGUUCAACCACACUCCCUUGGUGACAAUAAUGAGCUUUAGUGUGAUUACAGUUAAUUUGAUUUUGCAACAGCCAGGGAAGCAACUUGGUUAAGUCUGACAAUAAUGGGAAACAAAUGGCUUCAUAUAUCUUUUGGUCUAAGACCACACUGAGGCAAUUGAUGCUUUGUCUGGAAAGAGUUAUCACUAAACUAGUACCAUAUUGGAAUGCCCCUUGCUUUCCUUUAAUUCCAUGCUAUAUAAGAUUUGUCUUUGAGAUCAAAGGCGAGAAUCAAAUGACAAUACUUUGGUUAGAGAAUAUUAAUCUCUUGCUCAAUCGUUAACUACCAUUUAUUGUUAUUUAAUCUAUAAUAUUCGUGUUUAUUGGCUGCAUGCAUAACAAGUAAAUAAUUUUGAAUAAAUUGUAGAAUGAAUUUAAUGUGGGAUUAUAAUAUGUACACAUAAUACAAAUAACACACACACACAUGUAUAACUGAGUAAUAAUAAAUUAUGUCAUUAAAUGUGUGAAUUGUUAUCUGUAUAUAUUAUAUAAAUUACAAACACUAAUUUAAUCCCAAGCUAAAAUCAUACCACAAUCUGAAUAAGCUGAUGCUAUUUUCUAUGUAUUGUUUUUCAGUAAAUAAACAUAAAUUUGAAAUUACACAUAAUUUCUUAAAAACUGACAUAAGAGUUUACAUAAAACAUAUUUUGUGACUUUUUUCUGUAACAUUUUUCCUUUUACUUUUUUUUGUGUUAUUUUUUUUUCCUGGUUUUUUCUUUGUGACUUUUUUUACUGUGACUUUUUUACGUGUGACUUUUUUCCUACAAUCGUAUUUUCCUAAAUGAAUUCGCUAGAUAUACUCAGAUAAUAUUAAGUAGUAGAGAUAUUCAAUAAUAUUUAUGCCAAAUAUUUCCAAAAUGCAUGUGACUUUUAUUUUGUUGAACUAUUCCAGUGCUUCUAAACACUUUCAUUUCUCGGCACCUAUGCCAAAUUCAGGUUUUCUUAUCAGGCUCCCUGUGUUAAAUUCUAAUAAGUGCACUUUGAAAUAGUGAAUAUAUAAACAAAAUAAAAUAAAGGGUUAGGUAAAAAAAAUUGUAGGUCAUUAAGUGCCAUCUAGUAACAGCAAAAGAUAGUUACUCAAGUGUUUACUAUUGGCACCACGGACGCUAGGUGUCACAUUGGAUUAAAAGUGGAAAUAAAAUUAUUAAAAUUUUGUAAUGUUUUGCAACACCCUGAUGAGGGAGCUACAUCAAUCCCUAUAUAAAAAUGCCCCCCCCCCCGACUAUUUUUAGCGUUCCUUGUCUUUGUGCAGUAAAUGAAAUUUUAUAGUUUAAUUCACUAUUAAUGUCCUUUUAAAGAAAAUUUUGGUGGCCCCUGUUUUUGGCGCCUGUUGCUCUUCACUCCAUUCUCAUAUCCCUGCACGAGGGUAAUGUGGCACCCAGGAUGAUACUGCAAAUCUUCUGUGAACCACUGUGCUCACUGAACAGCCAGUUGUGAAAACCUGUGACACAUUUUGUUUAAUGUAACAUCGUAUUUAUAUAAAGAUUAUUGGAUUUUGUUGGUGAGGGGGGAAACACUCAUUGUACUUUGCAAAGGGGUCGUGAAAAAAUUAGGGGUUCAAAGGUGAAAGGGUGGAGGGGUAGAAAAUUUUAGAUUUUUUUUGUUUGUACUUUAUAGAUGGCCCCUCUUGGCAUUUGUUUGCUUUGGUGCUGUAUGAUGUUAUUUUUUGACAUAAUUAUUUCUUGUGGCAAGGGCAAAAAGGGAGAAAACUAGUGAAUGAGCUCUCACCUGGUCCGCGCAGCAACAUUAGAUUUUGACAUAUUUUACAGUGUCUGUGAGGGCCUUAGAAAUCUAUUUUUAGAACAUGCAAAACAGCUUUACUUAAAAAUCCCUCCUACUUUCACCCAGCUUGUGGUAGUUAUCAGACUAAUAUUUUAACGGAAAAUAGGCACAAUGGAAAUUAAUUAUUAUAUAUUUUUUAAAACAUAUUUUCCUAAAAAAUAAAUCUCAAGUUACUUGAUUGGUUUAUUUUAAAUGAGGCCCUAGUUUGUUGUUAAAUUUCACCAGUAACUUUAUUUUUACCAGUGACUGACUGGGAUAAUGUGUUCUGCAUGUUCACCUAAAUAUUAAAUAUCUAUAGCCCAUAAUAGCUGUCUGCAAAACAAAGUGACAAAGUCCAGUGGUUCCAGUUUUGAGGAAUCAUCAUUCUAUAGUCUGCCCCUUCUGAGAGUUAAAGUAAAUUUUAUGAUUAUAUGUAUUUCAAUUUGAUUGUUGUAUUAAUAUGUUUUUAAUACUAUUUAUUUUUCCAUAAGGAAAGUUUAUCCAGUGAUUAUUUAUAAGUUUUAAUGAUAUUUUCAGCAAGUGAAUGCUGUUAUAGCAGCUUCCAUGUCGUUGAAAAAUUCACACAAAGUUAGAAAGAUAAUGGAAGUAAGUAAACAAAUAAUUUACAAUUAAAUUUGUACAAAUAAACUGUAAUAUAUCCAUUGUUCUUUUUUAUAUUUAAAGAAUUUUUAUCUAUCAAGUUUUUUUGUUGUUGUUAACACUGCUGUUUAAAUAAAGGAAAAACAUAAGUUUGCUUUUUUUCAAACUUGGUCAUUUGGUCUCCCACAGAUUAUCCUGGCAUUAGGUAACUACAUGAACAGUAACAAAAGAGGAGCUGUUUAUGGUUUCAAAUUGCAAAGCCUUGAUAUGGUUAGAAGUUAUAAACUUAAAAACUUUAAAAAAGUAGAUGUGAACUUAAAAACUUUGUGCACUAACAUUUUAUUGAUUUUAUUUUCCUUCCAUUAAAUUAUACUGCUAAGCUGAUUUGAUUUAUUUUUUAAGAAAAAAAAAAAAAAAAUCUGUGUUUUUGGGGGGUUUAGGUUACUUUUUUUUAAAUUACCCCCCCCCCCCCCCACUGAAAAUGUAUAAUUCAGGUCACAUAAAGUUUAUUGAAAUCAUUAAUACUGAUUAUAACUUGUAUGUUCUAAAAAACAGUUGGUAGAUACCAAAUCAGGGGACAAAAAGACAACUCUGAUGCAUUUCUUGGUAAUGACAGUUCAAGAUAAAUUCCCAGAUCUCCUAAAUUUUGACUCAGAACUUAGAUUUUUGGACAAGGCAGCUGUUGGUAAGCUCACUUUUAAGUGCAGAUCAAUAGUUUCUUAAGUAAACAGUCAUUCUUAUCAUUUGCAGAUUUUGUUCCUCCUGUAAUUGAUAUUUUUUAACAAUUUUUCUUAUAUUGCCACUCCAAAAGGUAACUUUGCCAUUUUAAGGACAAAUUAUCAGCUACAUAGGUUAAUAUUGAAGUUAAACAUUAAAAAAUAUUUAAAUUUUAUUAUUGAUCUUUUACAGUUUCCAUGGAAAAUAUUAAUACCGAUAUUCAUGAGUUGGAACGAGGUAUGGAACUAACCAAACGUGAAUCAAUUAUUCGGAAAGAGUCUAGGGACUACCCUCAAAUUCUUAAAGACUUUCUUGUUAAUGCAGAGGAAAAAUUUAAAAAGUUGCUUGGGGAUGUCAAAACUGCACAGGUAAAAAAUCAUCAAAUGUAAUUUAUAUUAAAACAUUUUAACUUGAAAAAAUAUAUUUUAACAACACAAAUUAUUUCUUUUUUAAAAAUUAAAAAAAAAAAAAAGAAAUUAAGUUGUUUUAUGUGAAAAAAGCUAAUUGUCUUUUUCUCUUAGGAUUCAUAUAAAAAGGUAGUGGAAUUCUAUGGCGAAAAUCCAAGAAGUAUAUCUCCAGCUCAGUUCUUUUCACAAAUUGUUAGAUUUGUAGCCAGCUUCAAGGUUUGAUAUUUAUUUGUAAAAAUUAACUAUUUUAUUUUUAAAAAUUACAUUUAAACACCUUAUGUUUGUGAAAAAAUAAUUUCAAAUUGAAUAUUCUUUAGAUACAUAAAUUAAAAACUUACUAAAAUUUUACAUGGAAAUAUAAAAAAAACGGUUAUAAAAUAGUUUUUAAAAAAAUAUAUUAAAUAUAAAAUUUUGAGUAUGCUUGGUUUCUAAGGUAACAAAAAAUUCUCAUGUUUAAACAGCAAGCUGUUAUUGAUAACGAAAGGAGGAGGAAAUUAGAGCAUGGUUUGAUGGAACCUGAUGUGCAGCCUGUAAAGAAAAAGGAUAAGAAAGUAACCCAGGUAAACUUAAGUUACAGUUACAGUUCUUAUUUUUAUUUUAAAAAUGGGUAGGGGGAGUUUAUUUUUUUAAGGUUGAUUUCAUAAAACUUUUGCAGCAUAUAUUUGGUCAAGAAUACACAAUUGUAAAAAAGAAUCAGCACGUAUUUAUAUUUAAACAUACAGCCAGGAUUAUAAGAACAUUUGAAUAAUUCUUUAUUUGACAUGGUGUAAUAAUACCCAUUCUUGAUGGGGUUUUUAUUGUUGAUAUUGGUUACUUUUAUGAAUUAUUUCUGUUACAUGCUAAAAGACGUGUUAUUUCAUGUUUUAGGAAGCAAUGGUAAAUGAAUUGAAAAGUCGUAAUCGUGAGAAGAAAGAACAAAGGCGGUUAUUAAAGCAAGAUGAUAUGUACCAUGGAGCUCUAGAAGAUAUUCUUUUAGGUGAGUUAAAUAUAUACCAUAUCUUUUAUACACUUUUUAAAUUUAUGUCUGACUUCCUAACCACUCCCAUUAAUCAAUCAUUCAUCAAUUAAGAUAAAUCCUAUUAUCUUAAAAGUAUUGCAGUUAUGAACUGUUGAAAGUAGACAUUAGUAGACACAUUUAUUAAAUGAAUAGAUUAAAAUUGCUAUUAAUAGCAAUAUUUUGGGGUAUAAUCUUCAUUUAAAAAAUAAUAACUCAAAAUUUUCUGUCUAGUCAUGCCUACAUGGAACUUGAGAAAUAAUAUACUUAUGUUAUAAGGGAUUCACUCUAGGUUAACAUUUCUAUUUUUCAAAUUCUUAGAUUUAAAGAAUGAACCCUAUCGCCGAGCAGAUGCAUUACGGCGAAGCCAAAGAAGAAGAGCAGAAAAUUUAAUCCAGGCUCAACAUAGUGGACCUGGAGACAUUUUCUAG